AUGUCUCUCAUACUCUUGAUCUCCAUCGUCCUCCUAAUCUGCUAUUUCAUCUCCCAUCGUCUAUCCCCUGAACCGGACCCUCGUGAGCCACCAGUCAUCUCUCCACAGCCUCCUAUUAUAGGCCAUCUUCUAGGUCUCCUCAAACACCAAGUUUUCUAUUUCGAGAAACUCGCCGCUCGCUCGUCAACCCCGGUAUUCAGCAUUUGGAUAUUCAAAUACAAAAUUCACAUCAUCGCCGACCCAAACAUGAUCUCAGCAAUGCAUCGACACAGUAGUCCAUCAUUUGAUCCUAUAAUUAUAGCCAUUGCCGAAUCUAUCGUUGGCGACAGUCCAAAUGUCCUAAGGCUUAUGCAUGAUCCGCCUCCUGGGGCCAAAGAGACAAACCACUAUAUGGUCGACACACAUGCGAGCCUACAUGAGAGUGUGGUACCUGGACCUGGACUAUGGGAGAUGAAUAGGAGAGUCUUAAGGAAAGUGACCGACAUUGUAAACGUUAUUGGUAGCGAAUUCGAGGAGAAAACACUCUGGUAUUGGCUCUGGGACUCAUUUACGAAAGCUACUUCCGAAGCUCUGUUUGGUUUUCAUCACCCACUGGUAAAGGAUUCGAGCUUGGUGCAAGCAGUCUGGGAGUUUGACGAAUCCCAGACUACGACAAUGCUCGUGUCGAGAGCCGUUCAAUAUUUUCUGCCCUCAGCUGGUCGCAUGUUUGUAGCUCAGUCACGACUUCGAACUGCUUUCAAAGAGUUCUACUCCGAUCCAGAAAAGUACAAUCAUCCCUCGGUCUCCGCGCUUGCUAAGAAAAGGAUGGAAGCCAACCUCAAGCAUGAUGUUCCAAUGAACGAGACCGGCAACGCAGCACACUCUCUCCUCUUUGUUGCCACAACCAACGCAGUUCCAACAAUAUUCUGGUUUCUGCUCCUUCUCUUCUCAAAGCCCGCUGUAGUCACUGAACUGCAAAUUAAUCUCGAAGAAUCAGGAAUCGUCUCGUUCAUCGGCACUAAAGAAGGCAAAAGAAAAAUGCGAAUCGACCACACCAAAUUCUACGAGAAAUGCCCGCUCCUGAUUUCGGCAUACAAUGAAGCGAUGCGGCUCACCAAUAUCCAAAGCGGCACAAGAGUCAUCCUCGAAGACUUCAUGCUCGGCGCCGGGGCCGGAGAAGACCAAGAUCAGAAACGACAAGGCUAUCUUCUCAAGAAAGGAAGCCUUCUGACGACACCAGCAAGGAUCACGCAUCUGUCUCAGGAAGUGUGGGGCGAUGAUGUAGCGGAGUUUAAGCCUGAACGAUGGCAAAAUUUGACUAAGAUGCAGAAGCGAGCGUUUAUCCCAUUUGGUGGUGGCAAGCAUCUUUGUCCUGGGCGAGACUUUGCCUUUGCGGAGAUAGUGGGGACAAUGGCUGUCAUGUUGUUAGGGUUUGAUGUUGUGGGGAUGGAUGGGGAGGCUAUCAAAUUGCCGGAGGGGAAUGAGAUGAAGUUUGGGGUUGCGGGUCCGGAUGAGGAGGGUAAGACGAUGAAAGUGAAAAUUAGAAGACGUGUCGGUUGGGAAGAUGUGAUUUGGGAGUUUGGUGCGAUGGAUUAA